AUGGCAUUUGCAUCUAACGAAAAAAAGCCUGAAUGGAAGACGCGCUCGAACUUGUCUGCCAAAGGCUUCUUCUAUGACGACGACAUCUUUACAAAAGCCUUGCCUGACCAUGUCAAGACCCUCCGAGACUCAAUGCUUAACUUCAACGACCAUGGGUUUGACCAAAAGCUUGAUGACAAAAAUAGAAGAAUCCGGGAUCGAGCUAAGGACUGUGUAACGGGCGAUGUCUCUGAGCAAAACUGGAAAAUCUUUUUUGAUAGGAGCUUCUUUACUCCGCUUAUAGAAAGAACCUCUGCCUCGCAUGGCUCACGCAGAGUGACUCCAUAUAAUAAUGGCAAUAACAACAUUGUAGCAGGCUCACAAGUAAUAACAAGUGACUCCGAGGCUCUUUGGGUAACAUUUGAUAUCAAGGGCGGCAAGCUUGGUGACUCAAUGCCCGAUGACUUCCGUAACGCGAGCGCUCCCAAACCGGACUACGCUUUUUAUUUUCCAAUGGAUCAGCUGACGGCCAGAAUUGAUACAUCUCGACUGACUCCUUGUUAUGUGAGUGGAGUUAGUGCUACGCUGGGCAACAUGACUAAGGGAGUUCUGGAGAUUCCAGAAGAAUCAACGUCCCCUUCUGUGGAGUCAUUCUCAUUCUCUGCCUUGAAGGAACUUUACCAGCACGGCUUACGACCCUCUCCUUUUAAUGCUUUCAAGAAGGAAGUGACAGAAAAACACCUGAGAUGCUUUCCAUGGCUUGUUAUCGAGAUGAAGAAGAAACAUACCCGACGCGGGCUGAUCAAUAAGUCGAAAGAAGAGGCUUACUGCCAAGCUGCCAAUGGUAGUGGAUGUGCUGUAAGACUGAACCAGAUCGCUGCGAAGUUUGCUGUGGAACUGCCCGGUCAAGGACAAAUUCCUCCGAUCCCAGCCGUCACUACAGCUGGACCCGAAGUCAAGGUCUGGAUAACGUAUUUUGCCAAAAACUUCAUCGCACAUCGUUCCCACACAAAGAGAGGACAGUAUCUCGAGCCUAUCGAUCAAGGUUAUAUGAUGCAAUGCAUUUGGACUGGAGACAUGACAAACCUAGAGGACGUUAAGAAAUUCCGACUCAUCCUCGGAAAUACUUAUGAUUGGGCAACGCAGGUGUUUAAACCAAUGAUGAACACCUAUAUUCGUCAAUGGAAGUUUUUCUACUCCGAAGAUGGCCGUAGCUUUGCGACUGCAGCAAUGGAACGUGAACAACAGAGAAAGGAGCUGUCGAGAAAGGCACUUCGAUUCGUCUUGGCUACGCUGGGUGAUGAAAAAGACCUCAAUGCUGACGAUGAUUUGCGUCGAGCUGCCAAGCUGAGGCUAGUGGACCUCUGCGAUAGAUUCGUACAAGACACAGACCAAAUUAUUGCGGAAGAACUUGAGCAAUUACAUUUGAAAAACGAUGGUGAUGAGGGCAAUGUGUAA